AUGCUGCAGCAGCAGCAGCAGCAGCUUGAUCACCAGCUGCAGCAGCAACUCAAACAACGCAUGCAGCAACAGGUGGAACAACAGUUGCCCCUACACCAGCAGCAGCAGCAGCAGCAACAGCAGCAGCAGCAGCAGCAGCAGCAGGAAGAUGACGAUGAUCCCUUUCUAUGCGGCCCUGCUCUCCCCGUACCUCCUGUCUUGGGGGUCCACUGGUUAGCUGUUGAUGGUGCAGCACCAGCAGUGCCGCAGAACGAGCCGCCCCCCUGGUCUCUGCUUGCUGCUGCUGCUGCUGCUGCUGCUGCUGCUGGAGACACUGCAGCAACUGCAGCAGCAGCAACAGCAGCAGCAAAGGAUGGAAGGAUUCACACAGGCUUAGGACUUGAUGGUAAGAAACCACGAUCAACAGCAGCAGCAACAGCAGCGGCAGCACAAGGAGCCAGCAGCAACUACGCGCUGCGGCUGUACACCAAGCAGCAGCAGCAACAGCAGCAGCAGCAGCAGCAGCAGCAGCAGGAAGAGGAGGAGGACGGAGGCGCAGAGCUCCUGCCGGUGGAGGAGCUGCUGGUGGCGCCGAAGGUGAACUGCGUUCUUGGCAAGGAGCAGCAACUGUUCUUGGCCUCUGUCAACGAGACCCUGGAGGCAGCAAUGAAGGAGCGGGCGGGGAUAGACAGCGCCAGGGCCUUCAACAGAACUCUGCGUGUGUUGCGGAGCAUUUCUGCGGUGGAGCCCUUGCUGCCCUCUCUGGCUCAGGUCUUCGCCAGUCAGCUGCCUGCCCAUCAGCAUUUGCCUCAUCGGGCGUCGCUGCUGCUGCAGCUAGGAGAGGCAGUGCUGCAGAAUCCCCACACCCCCAUACAUGCUUAUGUGCAUCAGUUUGCUCUGCCGUUGAUAGACUGUCUCCUGGCGCCUUUGCCUCAGUUGUCUCCUCCUUCUUUGUGUGGAGGAGGAGCAGCAGCAGCAGCUGCAGCAGGCGGUACUGCAGCAGCAGGCACAGCUGCAGCAGCAGCAGCAGCAGCAGCAGCAGAAGAGGGAAAGUGUAUGGCUUUUACCCCGCAGCAGCUACACCUGCGGCGGCGAGCAGCAGCAAUUCUCUCGGGUUUAUUUCGGCGAGCGGGGAGACAGAGAGCAGCACUGGAUGCCGUACAAGAAGCAGCGCUGCUGCAGCUGCUGCGCUGUCUCCUCCACCCCAGCAGCAGCAUAGAGACAGCACUGGGAGCAGCAAUAGGCAUCAAGGCGAUGGGCCGCAAGGCUGUGCUGCUGCUGCUGCUGCCGCAUGCGUCUCUGCUGCUACAUGCCUUAGAAAGAGGACAAGAACUCGCAGAAACACAAAGGCUUGCUAUAUCUGAGAAGGUGAUCAAGACACGCCCAGGGACAGCAGCAAGUGAUCUGCUGCUGCUGCAGCAGCAGGUGUUUCAGCUGAGGGAGUUGUUGUCGCGCUUGCUGCAGGAGGAGCUGCUGGACGCCGCGUUCACCGAGCUGUGUGAGCAGCUCACUGAGAAGGCACUGCACGCAACAGAGGGCCCCGCAGCUGCGCUUGGCCACAUCUUUGCGGUGCUGGAGGAUGCAGAGGACGGGCUGAAGGACGCAUACACCCCAGUUGUUGCUGCAGCACUUCGUCGAGCUGCUGCUGACCAAGAUGCAGCAGCAAGUGCAGCAGCAGCAGCAGAUGCAGCUCCAUCAACUGAAGCAGCUGCAGCCAGAGCAGCCUUGCAAGCAGGAACAGCAGCAGCAGCAGCAACAGCAGCAGCAGCAGCAGCAGCAACAGCAGCAGAAUUAUGCGGGUCUAUCGUUAGAAGGCAUCCCGGGGUGUCUAGGGAUCUCUCUGCUUCAGUUGGUGCUGUAGCGUGCUGCAGCUGCAGUACCCUCUGCCGUGUAGGGGGCCCCCGGGGGCCCCCUCUGGCUUUGUGGGGGGCCCCCUUGGGGCCCCUUCCUCUGGCGUUGUUGGGGGCCCGGCGGGGGGCCCCUCCAGGGGGGCCCCCAGGAGGCCCCCCUGUGGCCCAUACGGCUUUGCUGGGGGCCCCCUGGGGGCCCCAUGGGGGACCCCCCUGUGGCCCUUACGGCUUUGUUGGGGGCCCCCUGGGGGCCCCCCGCUUCCUCUGCCCUGUAUGGGUUUUUGGGGCUGUGGGGUGGGGACAAUGCAUGCGGCCAGAUGCCGCAGUUAUAGACUGUUUGAAUUGA